CUCAAAGCCAAACCUCCACUUUACGCUCCAGUACAGUAAACUUCAUAAACUCCCAUGAUUUAUCCAAAUACACAAUUCCUGUAAGCAUCAUCCUCCUCCUUCCUCCCAUAUAUACCCGAUAUACUUAUUACUAUAAACUCUUAUAAUGUUUUAGACAACCAUUAAUGAACUACACACCUUAUUAUAUGAUGAUGCAACAAUUGUAAUAAAUGUAGUAGCUGCAACAACUACCUCAAAUGGCAGCCAUGAGAAUUCCGAUGAUGCCUUAACAGUCCCAAAUGCAAACACUGCCCUAACCCGUUAUGCCACUCUAGAAUUAGCCGCAGAAUCCACCCCAACAAAAAAUCGAUCAUGACAUUGCUGUCUCUGUAAAAGGGACAAAGGUGAAACUAAAUCUCAAAAUGAUAAAAGAUCUGCCUCUGGAAGAGAACAGCAUCCUAGAUUACGAUGAAAUAUAAAAGUAAAGUGGCGAUCGCAAAUACAUAAAUUUUAAGAGAAAACGUAGAGUCAUAGAUCAGUAAGAAGCCCCCUUGAUGUAGACCAGAAGGAGGAGUGAGCAAUCAUAAUAUUUAGAAAUCCGAGAAUUGUUGAAGGUUGAUGACAGAGACAUGUCCUUAAUUUUAGAGGCUUAUCCUGAUACCAAAAUAUUACUAUAAGGAUUAAGGAAGGGAAACUUGAAAAAGGAAAUUGAAAAGUUAUUACUCAAAUGAAUUUGACUAUACUUUUGAUCAUUUCUUAA